CAUCAUCUCAUAAAAAUUGAUAACCUCUUUUAUGCUAUUCCAAGAUCAAAAAUUUACACUUCACCUUCACAAAUCAUCCUUUUUCCUUUCAAUUUAAGCUAAUUCAACACCCCCCAUCUUCAUCAAAUUGCAGAAAAACCUCAAAAAUGUGAAAAAGGGUGAGUCUUUAAUCCAUUUCUGUUAAAAAAAAACAUUUUUUUUAACCCCAAAACAAAUUUCUCCAAAUUUGAGAUGAAUUCAUCAUAUGGGGUUUUCCCAGAUGAAGUAAUUCUUCAAAUUCUUGCAAGAUUACCUAUUAAAUCACUUUUUAAAACAAAAAUUGUAUGUAAACUUUGGUACAAAUUGAUAUCUGAUAAAUAUUUCACAAAUCUUUAUAAUGAAUUAUCAAUCAAGAAUCCUAUGGUACUUGUUCAAAUAACUGAACCUUCAUUAGAAUCAAGAUCUAGUUUAAUUUGUGUUGAUAAUUUAAAAGGUGUAUGUGAAUUUUCAUUAGAUUUUAUUAAAGAUAGGGUUAGAGUUAGAGGUUCUUGUAAUGGUUUAUUAUGUUUGUCUAGUAUACCUGAUAAAGGUGUUUAUUAUGUUUGUAAUCCAUUAACUAGAGAUUAUAAAUUGCUUCCUAGAAGUAGGGAAAGACCUAUUACUAGAUUUCAUCCUGAUGGUGAAGCUACACUUGUUGGUUUAGCUUGUGAUUUGGUUAAACAAAAGUACAAUGUGGUAUUAGCUGGUUAUCAUCGAUCGUUCGGUCAUAGGCCCGAAAGGACGUUUAUAUCCAUGGUUUAUGAUUCAGAAUCGAACAAAUGGAGGAAGUUCGUCUCGUUGCAGGACGAUCAAUUCACGCAUAUGAAUAAGAAUCAAGUUGUGUUUAUUAAUGGUGGAUUGCAUUGGUUGACGGAUAGUUGUUCGUGUAUGCUUGUUCUUGAUUUGGCUACCGACAUUUGGAGGAAAAUACAGUUGCCAAAUGAAAUUAGUUGUGGAGUUAGGAGUCGGGUUUAUUUGUUGGAAUUGGAUGGGCGCUUGUCUGUGAUUCAGAUAUACGAGGCUUGGAUGGUUAUUUGGGUAAUGGAAGAUUACGAGAAGGAAGAAUGGAAAAUGGUUGACAAAGUGAGUCUUCGAUGCAUUAGAGGGAUGGUACCGGGGAUUUUCCCGAUAAGUCAAAAUGGUAACUAUGUUUACCUUGCUACACAUAAGCAGGUUUUGGUAUAUCAAAGAAACAGCCGAGUUUGGAAGGAAAUGUUCUCGGUAAAGGACAGCUCAACCUUGCCUUUAUGGUUCUCAGCACAUGCCUUUAGAAGCAUGCUCUUUUCCUGCCAUUGAUCCGAGGCUCAUGUAAAUCUUUCUAUUCAACUGUGUACAUAUGCUAUCAUUAGUUUAAUUUAUUUCUUUGAAUGUAGUCAUUGACUUGAUCUCUUGUCAUACUGUGUAUGUUCUGUUGAACCUUAAAGGGUGGUUGAAAAUGAUGUAAAUUUGCUGUUAUAUUGAAGUCUUUUGUUACAUA